UAUUCGUUGGUUAUGAUGUGGUUGUUGUUGUCUGAUGGUAUCAGAAACAAACAACAAAACAGUUCUCUGCAUUCUACCAAAAUAAAAACAAACCGAAACUUGUGUCGGAAAGUUUGUAAUAAGUGGUUCAAGAGUCGUCGUUGUCUGAGUUGUCAGUUUCAAAGGAACGCUGGCAACAUCUCGAGCAAAACGCUCCAAACUGCUCACUUGGACCUCUCACAGAAAGGAAAGUUAGACGGCUUGUGGAAGAAGCAAAGCUUGUAUGCCUUUCGGGCAGUUUCUGAUUCAGCCUUUUCUACUAUCAUCUUCGAGUUUUUUUCAAGGGGGCUUCGCGUAAGCUGUUUUCAGGCUUCUCCGUUGUUAUUCGUUGGAAGCGAACUUUUUGUUGGUUCCUUAUUGGGCAUAUUUUCUGUUGUGGCUAACAUUAUCGGAAUAGUUGAAAGACGUGCAGAAGAGUCUCGGAAGCAGCAACAGUUUUUGGAAAACGCUUCUGCACAACUUGUUGCAGACUGGGAUUUUUCUGACAGCGUCGAAGCAGACUUGACUUCGUUUGAUACCUUCGAAAUAGAGGAAAUGGUUCGUUGGUUUGAAGUCUUAGAAGAGCUGGAGGGUCCAGGUGCUAUGCAAUUUUUUCAAGAGGUUUUGUUGAGCGAUUCUGUUGAGAAACGAGUUACUUUGGCACGUUGUCUUGGACGUUGCCAGACCAGAAGCAACAUUUUAUUAUGCACACUUCAACAAUUAGCUAUGAAGGAUAGCAAUUCUCUGGUUAGAAACGUUGCUCGAAACUCAAUCAGAGAGCUGAUAAGACACAAUGUAAUUCCAUCGCCUCCUUUGCAUUUGCCGGAGAACUUGUCAGUUUUCUCUAUGUUGAACGAGGAGCAAAGUCUUCGGGAGUUAUCCAUCAGUUAUGAAAAAAUACCUUCAGGAGUAUUUCAUGUUAGUGGUAAAAGUAGAAUUACCGAAUCAAAUAGUGAUGCAAACUUGGAUAGUUUUCUCGAGAAUAGUUUUACACCUUUUGAUAGAAUGGAUGUUUUAGACAUCGUAACGUUCUGUGGUUUGAGUAGUGUUAUUAUGGGACUACAGUUUUAUUGUCUUUCUCAUUCAGUUGAUCUCCCUUUCCGUUUUGUUGCGUUAGGUUGGGUGUUUGGAGUGGGAGGCCUUAUUGUGUAUCCUCGUAGUGGAAGAUUGUGGCAGUAUUUACGUCGAACAACUUUGUUAAGGUCGCUGUUUUCAGAACUAGCAAUGUUUUCGUAGAAUGUUUGCAAAAUUCGUAUAUGCUGUAAAUAAGUUUAGAUUAAAUAGAUAUUGUGUGCAGAAUCCAAGAAGGGAAUCUUGUGUUAGAUAUUCCUGUUGGCGUACCAUAAAGAAAAUAUAAAUUAAACUGUUUAAUAGUCUUUAUAAAUGUAUAUCUGCUAAG